CGCAAUCCGGUGCAGAUAUACGUGCAAUUACCCUGUCAACAGUGCUUAAAAUCCUCGGUUCGUGCUCGUGCUGCAUUUCAUUAGCACACACGGUGAUCGAUAACGCGCACGUCGACGAGUUCGUCGUCGAUCGUCGACGCGUCGCGCGAUCGACGCGCGUAUAAAGGACGAAAAGGAGAGGAAAAAAGAAAAAGAAAACAGAAACAAAAAAAGGUGGCAGCCGCGGGAGAAAGUUUUACGGAGAGCACGCGGCGCGCGCGAAGAGAUAAAUCCGAGGUGAUUUGAAUUCGACCGCUCUGAAUCGUCGCGGAAAAGCGGAGAGGGACUCUGUUGUUCGGCGUGAAGUUUGACGUGAAUCUGUCGGACGGUGAAUCCUGGUGGUGACGCGCGUCAGUAGUGCCGUCAGUCCGGCUGGAACGCGCGAGACGAGUGGUAGUGUGGAAAGACUACGUCGUGCGUUCACCGAUUUUCAUUAUCGCGAGCGAGUGGUACGUAUCAACGUGAUAGAAGGAAAGAGCGUGCGGUGUGCGAAGCGAGCAGAUGUGGUGCCGGGUAAUUUCAUCCAGUUGCGUUCACGCGACCUAACUGCCGGCGCGGCGGAGUGAAGUCAGUCGUCAGUGUGUUUGUUAGCCGCGAAUCGUUUGGUCGCCGAGGGACCGCUGCUCGAGCUUUUUCGUACACGCUGCCGUCGAGAUGAAGACUUGCCACCUGUGGCUAGAAGUGGCUGUCGCUCUCCUGACGAUAGCAGGUGCGAACUGCCUACGGGGGGUCAGCCUAGAGGUGGUUCCGGAAGUGGUACAACGUGGCGAGGAGGUGAUUCUGCGGUGCCAUUAUGAUUUGGAGAAUGCGCCACUCUACUCCCUCAAGUGGUAUCGGGGCAGGCACGAAUUCUACCGAUUCUCACCCACUGAGGAAUCAUCUACCAAGACCUUCAACAUUUCCGGGAUUAAUGUCGACCCCGACAACUCGAACAAGAGCCAGGUAACGCUUCGCAAUGUCGACUUCGGCCUCUCGGGUACAUUCAUCUGCGAAGUUACGGCAGACGCGCCGACCUUCUCCACGGCCAGCGCCUCGAAGAAUCUCACCGUAGUAUUUCUGCCCCGUGAAGAGCCCGUUAUCGUAUCGGAACGCGAUCGCUACGACCCAGGAGACAUGUUGAGGGCAAAUUGCAGCCUGCCGCCUUCGAAGCCACCGGUUCACCUCUCAUUCACGCUGAACAGCAUGCCGGUGGAAACGACCACGAGGCAACAGCGGACGAAAGAAGACGAGGGAACGCAGUGGAGUGAGAUCAGUCUCACCCUUCAACCGUUCCAUUACACGAACGGUCGUUUGAAUCUACGUUGCACCGCAGAGAUACCUGGCAUCUACUCAAGGCAAAGCGAACUCCAUCUCCUUUCGGCUAUGCGCGAGCCAGUACCUGCAAGAGUAACCUCAGAAAACGGAAGCGGCACGCACACGAUGACGUUUGUGACAAUACUCUGCUUGGGCACGCUCCAUCUGCUUCUGAGAUAGUCACGGCACGCCUGAGACCACGAAAAGGGAGCUCACGGGCGUCGCAUGAUAAAUAGCACACUAGUCAGCGGGAGAAAGGGCUGGAUGAAAAGACGAUGGAGGCAGGGUUUAAGGACCGCGUAUGGACGGCGCAGAAACAAUUAAUAUUAUUAAAUCAAUAUAUGAUCAUUAAGUAUUUUCUUUU